GCCUCAACAGUAUUUAUUUGUCUUCAGCAGAAUUUUUUUGGCCAUGCCUAUCACAAGGGUGACCUUGUUUCGCAUUGCUGAUGGGAGUCAGGAGCCUAGCCAGGACGAUGGACGAGAAGUUCAACAGUUGCAUCCAUCAAUAGAUGUUUUUAAUGACCUCUUGCAAGGAAUCAUUGAUCCCAGCCUUGCAUCCCUAGUCCAAGUUAUUCGGGAUCCAGCACAACCCAUCAAUAUGACUGGAACUUCCCAGCCACAUGAAGCCCAUACUGAGGUUACCAAUGGUCAUGGAGGUUCUAUUGCAUGGCCGAACAAUUUGGCACCACCAGUAGUUACAGCUACCAGUACCAAUGGAGCUCCACCUAAUGCAGCCGAUUCUACACAAGAUUAUGUCACCAUGGCAGACCUUAUUGCUCUCUUGGACAGGGAGCGUUCCAAACAUGGAACAAUCCCUUUUCAAUUCAUUCGUGACCCAACCUAUCUGAAGAAGAUUUUGUCUAGACCACACUCAAAGAAAUAUGAAAGUUCUGCAUUCUUGCAGUAUGAUGGAAGGAAAGGCAGUGUUGUGGAGCACGUUAACAAGUUCCUUGAUGCCAUGGAGGCUCAUGCUGGUGACAAAGACUUGUGUCUGAUCAACCAGUUUGCAAGGCCACUCAAUGCCACCAGGAAAACAGCUAUUUCUAUCAAAGCCAUCUCUAUUGGGAAAUAUGCAAUGAAGUCAACAGAAAAGAAAACCGUUGCUCACACUUUGGCUGUCUUUGUCCGGGGCCAAGGACAAGGACAGAAAAAAAGAGAUCGUGACAUGGCACCACCACCACUUAUUCCUCUCACUAUCGAAGAACUUGAUGUGCUCUUAUAUCAGUGGAUCAUUGACGGUGCCAUCACACUACCUCAAGCGCAUCGUGAGCCCAAUGAUGAUGAUAAACGCAACCCUAAAGCCAUAGAGGCCAUACUUUCCAUCGGCAAUGAGGCUGAAAGAGAAUGCCUCAACGCUGAAGCGAAUGCCAGCCAUGCUUAUCUUGAAUCUUCUAAUGCUGUCACAUUCACUGACGAAGAUAUGGAGGCACCAUAUCCUGACCAUAGAAAGCCUUUUUACUUAUCUGCUCAGAUCAACUCUGUCGGUGUCAGGCGUGCACUGGUUGAUACAGGAUCUUCUCUCAACGUGAUACUGUUGGACACCAUUAUCAUUGUAGGAAUCCCCAACGAAGAGUCGUCAAGUCUCCACUCAACAUUGUUGGCUUCAGUAACAGUAGUGAACAUGCCCUUGGAUAUGUUCAACUUGAAUUAAAGGUCAAUCCAGUCCAGUCCAAUCUCAAACUACAUUCUACAUCAUUGAUGCAGAAGUUUCUUAUCAUAGAUUGUUGGGAAGACCAUGGCUACAUCGACAUAAAAUUUUCCAUUCUAC